AUGAGACACAUAAGUCUGAUACUAGGUGUCCUGUUGUGCACUUGUUUUGGUGUGCACAGAGAGAACUUUCGUACCUGUGAUCAGAGUGGCUUCUGCAAGCGUCAUCGCAACUUACAGCCAGGUACUUCCAAUUAUGUUGUGCAGCCGUCAACAUUGAGAAUAUCCAAAACAUCUUUGAUGGUGGAUGUUGUGAAUACCAAAACCAAUGUUCGGUUUCUGCUGCAAGGCUAUGGGCUGGUCAACAGCAUUUUCCGUGUGAAGCUGGUGGAAGCAGAACCCAUUAGAGAACGCUACGAAAUACCUGUGGGCAUUUCUCUGUUUGCUGAGCCUGUCGAGGAAGAGCUGAAGUAUCAUGGUGAGAAGGAUGGCACGCUGACCUUCUCUCUUGGUGACAACAAGAUGGUCAUCAACAUUGAUCCAUUGAGACUAGAUUUCUUUAUCAGUGGUGAGCCAGUAGUAAGUCUUAAUGCUCAAGGCCUUCUCAAGUUUGAGCACACCCGCACAAAACAGGGCUGGUUCUCUUCACUGGGCUCCUGGUUUUUCUCAUUACUUUCACCUUUCAGAGAGACCAAAUCUGAGAAUGAGGAGGUGGCCCAGGACGCAGAGGGAGACCAGAAGGUUGAAGGAACACAGAAACAGGAUGAUGAUGAGCCAGACAUGUGGGAAGAAACAUUUAAAGGAUUUACAGAUUCUAAACCACAUGGACCUACUUCUGUGGGUGUAGACAUUGCCUUCCCUGGCUUCCGUUAUGUUUAUGGUAUACCUGAACAUGCUGAUUCUUUUGCCUUGAAAACUACAAAAACUACAGAUCCCUACAGAAUGUACAAUCUGGAUGUCUUUGAAUAUGAUCUCUACAACCCCAUGGCUCUUUAUGGUCAUGUGCCAUUUAUGGUUGCCCACAAUGAGAAAAACACUGUUGGUGUGUUUUUUCAAAAUCCCGCAGAGGGCUGGAUUGACAUUCAGUCCAAUGUGGCAGACAAGUCUAUCUUCAAAAAUCUGGCUGACUUUGUGACCGGCAAUAACGAGGUUCCACAGACAGAUACCCAUUGGUACUUUGAGGAUGGCAUUAUAGACAUCUUUGUACUGUUGGGCCCAGGACCCAAGGACAUUUUCAAGCAGUAUGCCAGCCUGACAGGGAACACUCCAUUACCUCCACUUUGGUCAUUAGGUUACCAUCAGUGUAGGUGGAACUACAAUGACCAGGAUGAUGUAAGAAGUGUGGAUCAAGCAUUGGAUGAGUUUGACAUUCCUUACGAUGUCAUUUGGCUGGACAUUGAGCAUACAGACUCCAAGAAAUACUUCACUUGGGAUGUCACUCGGUUCUCCAACUCACAGGAAAUGUUGCGAAAUCUUUCUUCAAAGGGCCGUAUGAUGGUGACUAUUGUCGACCCCCAUCUGAAGCGUGACGACAACUACAAUACUUACACUGAUGCCAGAAACAAAGGACUGCUAGUUAAAAAUAAGGAUGGCAAUGAUUUUGAUGGCUGGUGUUGGCCAGGUUCAUCUUCAUGGCCAGACUUCCUGGAGGAACAUGUGCGCCAAUGGUGGGCCGAUCAGUUUUCCAUAGAAAACUACCAAGGGUCUGCCCCCAACCUCUAUGUGUGGAAUGACAUGAAUGAGCCGUCAGUGUUUAACUCCCCAGAGAUCACUUUUCCCAAAGAUGCCAAACAUCUGUCCGGAAGGGAGAAUAGAGAAGUGCACAAUGUUUAUGGGAUGCUGGUGCACCGUGCCACAUUUGAAGGUUUACUAAAGAGAAGUGAUUACAAAAAACGACCAUUUGUGUUAACAAGAGCCUUCUUUGCUGGGAGUCAGAGAUCUGCGGCUGUGUGGACUGGGGACAAUAUGGGUGAAUGGAGUCAUCUGAAAAUCACCGUGCCAAUGAUGUUGUCCCUCAACCUGGCAGGCAUUCACUUCUCUGGUGCUGAUGUGGGAGGAUUUUUCCGUAACCCGGACAAUGAACUCCUGACCCGCUGGUAUCAGGCUGCCUUAUUCCAGCCGUUUUUUAGAGCCCAUGCUCACAUUGAUACCAAACGCAGGGAACCUUAUCUUCUACCUGAAGAAAACAUGGUCAUCAUUCGAGAAGCCAUCAAGAAAAGAUACACCUACCUCCCUUAUAUGUAUUUACUGUUCUAUGAAUCUGAAAAUACUGGUAUGCCACCCAUGCGUGCCUUGUGGAUGGAGUAUCCAAAGGAGACCAGAACUUUUGAAAUGGAUGACGAGUUUCUUUUGGGGGAUGCUCUGCUUGUGAAGCCAGUUGUGGAGCAGGGUCAGACAAGCACCACUGUCUAUUUCCCAGGAGAUGAUAUCUGGUACGAUAUUGACACCUAUAAGACAUACCAUGGGAAGCAGGAAGUUACUGUGGAUGCUCCAUUAUCAAAGGUACUUGUAUGUGUUUUUGCUUG